AUGGGAGCUUGCUGUGCAAAAAAGGCUGACAGAGAAGCUGGAAUACAAUAAUAGAUAGAAAAAACUAUCAUUGAAUAAUAGAAACUUAGAGAAGAAGAAGAAGAAAUACAAUUCAAUUAAGGAAAUAAAGACUACUCAACUAAGAGAUCAAUUCAUGUUGUUUAAACUACUAUGUACACAAAUUAAGAGAGAUAAGAUGAUGCAAUGGUUUAGAUCAUUUAAGAAGAAGAAAAAUAACCAGAAAAACCAGUUAAGAAGACUAAGUCAAAACCUACCAAAGACGAUAUCAAUUAUUUCAAAAAAUAUGAACAUGUAGUACAUGUAAAGGCAAUAAUAGUAGAAUUAAUAAAAAAUUAAGUUAGUCAUUAUUAUUCUUUGAUGAUGAGAGUAGAUUAUAAGGAUUAUAUUGGUGAAGUAAAAAUGAAUGGGAUCUUAAUAACUUCAAGUGAAUUUCAUUAUUAUGAUAUUAUACCUGAAAAAUUUAGUGAUGCAAACUAGUACUCAAGGUUCUCAACUUUCUUCUCUAAUGAUAAUUAUUUUAAUGCAGAUAAAGAAAGUAUUAACAAUUUUAAUGCAUUUGAAAAACUCAUGCCAGUAGAAAGAAUAGUUAGAAUAAAAUAAGUAGAAAAAAGAGUACGUAGAAAAUAAACUAUAUUUGCAGAAAAGGAAUCUCCAUCUCCAGUUAAGAAUAAGGUGGAAUUCUUUGAUUCAAGAUAAUAAGAAAUGUUAGAAGUUAUAACAAUUGUAGAUAUUGAAGAAUAAGAAAGAUUCUAAUGUCUUUUAUUCCAUAUACUUGUACAAUAACAAUUCCCAGAACUUAAUUAAUAUUUAGUAUUCAUACAGAAUACUACAUUUCUUUUUGAUAGACCUCCUUAAUUUGAUGCUCCAAAUAUUUAUAGAAUUGCAUUAUUUUAUGAUAAAUUAGAUUAUUCAUUAAAAGAUUUGCAAGUAGCAUUAACUAAGGAUAAUAAAGAAUUAUCACCUCAUUUGCAUAAGAAAUUAACUCUAAAUUUACUUUAGAUAUUAUAUAAUUGUUAUUCAAAGUAUAUUUUUAGACUUAAUUUUACACUUUCUACUGUCUUUUAUUGUGCAAAGAGUAAAGGGUUUAAAUUAGAAUCUUUUGGAAGAUUAAAGAGUAUGCUUCCCUUUCAUCAUAAUCAAGAAAUGUUAUUGAAGAGUGUAGAAGAGAAAAAGAUUACAGCUUAUAGAAAGGCGUUGAAAAGAGAUUUAUUUGCACUUUGUGAUUUAAUACUCUACUUUAAGAGAAUUGGAUAAACAACAUUAAGAUCUAUAUAAGCUUAGAGAAAAAAGUUCAUAAAAAUGAUGGAUGGAGGAAAUGAUAAGGAUGAUUAAGAACAAAAUGAUAAUUAUCUUCAUAUGGCUGAGGAACGUUUUAGUCAUAAUUCUGAUAAGUAUUUAUUUGAAUUUGUUAAAAUGGUUCUAUUUACAACUAAAGUUGAUUCAGCAGAAACUAUCUUACAAAAUCUUUAAUCAAUUAUUGAAUCUUUAUAAAAGUAAAUAUCUACUUAUGAAUAUAAAUUGGAAACUUAAAAUGAUGAUGAUAAUAAAUAAUAAUAAAAUUAAAAUGAAAGUCAAAAGAAAAAUGAAUAAGUUGAAGUUAUCAAUUUAAAUGAAAUUAAUUUAAGUUAAUCUGAUAUAUCUAAUGAAGAAAAUACUAAUGAUAAUUAUUUAUUAUCUUUUGAAAUAGAUUUUUAAAAUUUAUACCAUAAUUUAGCAAAGAAUAAAGAUAAAUUAAGUGAAAAUGAAUCUAUCUAUAAAGAUAUACUCUAUCAAUCUCUCUUUUAUCAAAAUGAAUAAUACUAUUAUCAAUUAAAUAAUACAUUAAAUUUUUAAAGUCUAUCUAAAUUACAAUAAGCAUAGAUUAUUAUUUUAAAUGCUUUUAGUACAAUCAAGACAAUGAAAGAUGAUUCAUGGGAAGUCAAAUCUUAAGAAUUAUCAUAAUGUAUAGAAAAAGCAAUACUUAUAGUGAAUAGUAUUAAUGAAGAUAGUUAUGAUAACUUUCAUAUUUCUAUCUUAUUUCAAAUUUUAUCAAUAUCUCAAAGAAAACCUUUAGUUAUAUUGAAUUAAUUAUAAAGAUGUAUGACAAGAUAACUUGAAUUGAAAUAGAAAUUGAAUAAUAGAUUAAGAGGCAAAAAUUCAGCCAAAGGAUUAAUUGAAUAAAAGAAGUAUGUCAUGGUAUAAACAAUGUAUGCUCAAUCCUAUUUAAAUUCUAAUCAUUAUUUUGAGGCAAUUACAAAAAUCUAAAAAGUAGUAGGUUUUCAAUUGAAGAAUUUUCAUACUGCUUCUCUAUUAUAUGGAUAUUCAUUAAUGAUAAGUGGAGAGAUUGCUAGAUUGAGUUCUUAACCUAUUUCUGCUAUGCUUAAUUUAGAAAUGAGUUUAACCAUUUACAAUUAAUACUUUCCAGAAUCUAUUAUAUAAUAAACUCCAUAAGAUGAAUAUAUUUAAUAAUAGAAAUAAAAAAAGGAAGCUGAUUAAUAAUGUAUUUAAUAAGAAAUUCCAUAAUAUUUAAAAGAAAGAAAAUUUGAAAAUCUAUCUACAAGUAAUUUGGCUAAAGUAGAAUUUCUACUUGGAAUGAGUUAUUUUGAUUCUCAUGAUUAAGAUAAUGCUUUGAAAAGUUUGAGAAGAGCAUAGAAAUUAAUGAUGAGAUCAUAUGGUAUAUUUGCAGAUGAAGUUAUUGCAUUAGUUUUAUAUCAACUCAAUAUUUAUGUAUUGCAAGAUGAUGUUGGUGCUGUCAUGAAAAUUGCAAUGAAAUAUUCAUCUGAAAUGAAUAAAUAAUACAAAUUAGGUAAAUAAUUUAGAAGAAAAUGUAUUGCUAAAUUAUAAUUUAUUAUUGGAUGUAUAUUUCAAUUUUGUGGAUCCUAUUUAAGUGCUUUAAGAUUUAUAGAAAGAUCAAAUAGAACUUUAUCUAAUGCAAAACUCAAUAAUUUUAUCAUCUAAUCACAUUAUUAAGCAAAAAAAAUGAAUAUUAUUGAAUAAGUAAAAAGAGCCUUUCAUAAAAUUAAAAGUAAAUAAUAAUUAAGAGGAUAAUUGGAUUUGAAUUAAUUUUAAAGUCUAAAUGAAGUAUUGGGUUCAUCAUUUUAAAAUUAAUUCUUUUGUUAACCUACUAAAUAUCAUGCAUCUAUUCUCUUUAAAAAAUAUAGCAAAUAUAUCUUAUAAGUUUAAGGUUUGAUUAGGAUAGGUGAGAAUGAUAAAGCCAUUCAUUAAAUAGAAGAAUUAUUAAAACAAGCAUCAAAAAUGAAAAAGGAUGAAUUAUAUGCUUAUAUGAAGGAUAAGUUAGUUUUAAUAACAAUAGAAUCUACUUAAACAAAAGAUUAAAUUUUAAAUGUUUAGAGAUUAAUAGAAAUUCAUGAUAGAUAUUUACAAUUUCCAUUUAAAUAAAUUUAUAAAUUAAGAUCUUAUAUCAUUUUGAUAAGCUUAUAUGCAAUGAUGAAGGAUCUUAAAAAAUUUAAUGAAACUUAAUCUUAAAUUGAUGAUUUCAUUUUAGAUAUUUAUUAAAUAUUUAAUUGGUAAGUAGCAGCACCUAUUGAUAAUACUGUUAAUUAAGGUAAAUUUGAAAGAUUAAAGAAUAGAAAUAAAGUAAAAAUAUUGUUUUAAAUUUAAUAAAUAAUGGAUUUAAUAUAAUAUUUUUAUACUAUAAGAAAGAAAUUAUUUGAUGCAUUUGAUAAUUAAUAAUAAUUAAAAGAUAUUGGAAUUUAAGUUCUUAAACGAUUAACUGGAUAAACAAAACCUAUUUUUUAAAAAUAUUUUGAUAAGAAAUAAGAAUGUUUAUAUGGUAUAUAAUCCAAAGUUAAAAUUAAAAAUAUAGAAAAAGAAAUUGAUAUCUAAAAAUUAAAUGAAAAUCAAUAAUAAACUAAGAUUGAAGUUCAUUUAUAGCCUGAAUAAGUUGAUGAUUAAUAAAAUCAUAAAUUAGUAUUUGAUUUAAGAAGUUAUGAAGAGAUUGUGUAAUCUCGAAAUAAUAAGAGAAAAUCAUCUCGUCAUUAAAAACAAUAAUCUUAAGAAGUAUAAAUAGAAAAAAAAGAAAUAUCUGAAAUUAAAGAAAUCAAAGAAUCAAAACAUAAAAGAAAUGUUACUGAAAUUACAGCAGCAACAUUAAAUAAAAAUAAAAAGAAAUAGGCUUAUAAAUUAAACCCCUUUGAAACCACAACUAAAAAUUCUAAGAGAUGA